AUGAAAUUUUCUGCCUCCGAAGUAAAAUCUCUAAGACCUGUCCAGGAGGCCAUUGUGAAAUUCUUCAAGAUCAGCACAUGGGAAGAUGCUAUUGAUGAAUUUAAAGGCGCCGUAUCAUCUGAAAAGUUGUUGCAGUUUGCUGUAAGUUGACAUGUAGUAGUACGUACCUCAGUGACUUAUUUGACUGACAAUUUUUCUGUUUACACUGUAGUUAAAUUAUGUCAUAUUGCCCUUCUGAGGCGAUUUCCCUUUUGAAGUUAAAUAUUUCAACUUCCCCAUAAAAUUUCCUUCAUUUCUAGAUAUUAUGAAUUCCAUCCCCUGAGACAAAAAAAACCUUCGUUUCGGAUAUUCAGUUUUAGAAUCGAUGCAUGGAGCAAAUACUGGUCGAUGUACUUAGUUAUUCGUUCAUUAUCUCGUAGGGAAAAGAUUUUGAACAGACUCACGAGUUCCAGAAAUACUUGCAACGUUUAAAAAGAAUACGAACAGGAGAGGUCAUUGAGACGGCCGACCUCAUAGAGGGAAAAAUGGGAGCAUUUGGGCUCGUAGUAUUUAGCAACAGCCUUUUAGACGUACAACAAAGUGAUCUGGCAAAGUUGCCACUUUACGAGGGAGCGUUUUUAACCAUAGGUGAAGCAGGGGAGCAGUGCGAGGUAAGAUUAAAAUCUAGGUGAGACUCUCCCGCUACCGUUCGACUAUCGAGUGACUUGGAAAGAAAUGAAUUAAAGUGACGAGGCAUUGUUAUUUUAAUUGCCAUUGUUAGCAUAAGAUGUUAUGUUUCUUUUCGCCUUCCGUUGUUUUAAUUUUCCGAAAAGUUUCAUCUUAACCAGGAAAUUUUAUAAGAUGAGUUAAAUAAACUUAAUAUGAACAUUUACUUCAUUUUUAUGGUAAAAAAUCAUGUUACGUUCCAGUUAGGCUGAGAACGGCAGGGAAACGAAUACAUGCAGGAUUUUACUACAAUCCUAAUCAAAUUCUGUUUUUUGUGGACAACUUUUAGUUGUUUGCAUUUACUUAUUACGACUCGUAUUUUUCUCUUCACAGAAUCCUGAUGAUGUAAUAAGUACUGUUACCCGCAUUAAUUUCUGUAAGCUCACAUCAUCCAACGUUGUUUUAUUUACAAUGGCUGAAGGUGUGAAAAAUCUAAAAGAAAAAAUGUUAAAAGAGGGCGCUACACUGGUACAGCAUGGCUACUUUUACGUCCCAAAAAAACCUCAAACUGCAGUGCAAGGUAAGAUACUUCUAGAAUUAAACAACUGUCCUCAGAAGAAAGUUUUAAAAACUUCAUAGUCAACAGAAUUGAAUUAUUUGAUUUACUUGUGGAGUUAACAAAAAUAUAUAUCAUGAUUCUAUAAUCUGAACUUGUUUUGAACUUUCUCCUUGAGAGCGUAUUACAUGCACAGUUUAUAGUAAGGUUUGGUGAAUUAAAACGUUCCAGCACUGUCGAAAGAAAUUAGUAAGUAUAUAAUACGCAUAUAUCAUAUUGUUGAUACUCAUUUUAAUUUUUUUGGGUCCGUAUUUAUAGGAAGCCUUGGAAACCUUUGUUGUUGGACACUGGUCUGUCUCAAGGCAAAUGACCUCGAGACAUUUGUCCGCCUGUAGAGAAAAUUUGAUUUUCUUGAAUAAAGAAAGUUCAUUCCCAGCACAAGGCUACACAUGGCUACACAUGGAAAACCUCUCCAGAGAAGGGGACGUGGUUAUUGAUGCUGGAACCCCCAAUGGCCUUGCAAUAGUGGCUGCGUUGAGAAAAGGGCGAAGCGCAGUUAGGAUAGACAGUACCGCUUUGCCUUCCGAACAGGCAGCGAUAGAGACUAAAAUUUGCAGUCUUGUAUCUUCCUAGUUUAUAUGUCAAUGACAAUUUACUAGUUAAAGUAAACAAUUCAAUUGACAUAGUUUAUGUCAACAAAAAUAUUUUUGGAGAAAAGGAAUGUUGAUUUUAUUUCAUCCAAUACGCCUCGCGCAAUUCAAUAAUAGUGGCGUAUUUUGUAGCCAAUAUGUUGAGUUGACAAGAAACGUCAUUUUUGUUAAUGUAAGUCUGAUUUGUAAGUUGAAUUACCUACUCAUAAAAGCUAUGGGUCCCGUUAGGAGCCCUUAGAUUCCAACCGUGAGGUUCCUUUCACUUGUUUUAUUUAAAAGCAUGCAAAAAGCGUCAGGAUGAAGAGUAUUGUUGAUUUAAUCUCGUAUCUGGGAAAACAUUAAAAAACUAGAGUUGAAAAUGACGGAGUAGAUUAGGACCCUUAAAAUUUCCUAUCUGAAACCACUGCAGAAUUUCUUCAACGCUUAACGUAACAUCGUGCAGAAUUUCUGCAGCACUUGACGGUAAAUCGUGCAGAAUUUCUGUACCACUUGACGUUACAUCAUGCAGAAUUUCU